AUGUCCGUCGAAGUAUCUCCCUCCCAGCUGGGUUUCCAACGUCCACUUACUCAACUCGUCAAACGCAUUCUGACUGUCACGAACCCCAAUCCGCAACCGAUUGCUUUCAAGGUCAAGACGACUGCACCCAAACAGUAUUGCGUUCGACCCAACAGUGGCAGGAUUGAACCGGGUGAAAGGGUCGAUGUAUCAGUCUUACUUCAACCCAUGAAAGAGGACCCCGAGCCUGGCGCGAAAUGUCGAGACAAGUUCCUCGUUCAGAGUAUCAUCAUCACCCCCGAAAGAGAAUCUACACCAUUCCCUGAUCUGUGGUCUUUAAUCGAAAAAGAAAGCAAGGGAUCCAUAUCUGAACAUAAGAUCCGAUGUGUCUAUCUCUCCGCUAUUUCCGAGGACGGCCAACAAUCCCCUAACUCUGCCUCCCACAAAUCUCAUCUUAAUCACACCUCCCCUCCCGUCAACAACCACACAAAUCGGGAUGAAGACGAUGACCCUCGCUACAACUCCGUUCGGAGCCAUCCAGCCUCCGGGUUUAUCCGGCCCCAGGCCUCGCCCCCGGACCUACCGACGAACGAUAACCCGGAAAACACCGUCUACGACAUUGCGAUGGAUGAAACCUUUGAUGGCCGACCCAAUCGUCCUUCGACCACCACUCCGUCCCUGGCAGUCCUCAAAGCGCGCAACUCGACCCAAUCCCAUCUCUCCUCGACUGCAGUCAACGAGAUGCCCAACCACCGUCCCGCGUCGUCCAUCCUGUCCAAUAGCGGAACUAAGGGUGGUGCUAGCUCGCUCAAUAGCUCGUCAACCGACGACAUCCAUAAGUUGAAAUCCCAACUCGCCGCUGCACUGGCUGAGGUCGAAAGACUGAAAGCUUUGGCCACCUCCCGGGACCAAGGCUUGCGAAAACGCACUCCCAACUCGUCUGCCAAUGAAUCCCAACGCGUCCACAGCGCAGACAUGCUCUCCCUCGACUCCCAUGGCCUCAAAGGCCCCGAGGGUCUUGUUCCGGUUCAAACUGUUGUCAUGAUCUCGAUCGGGGUAUUUGCUUUCACAUGGUCUGUCUUCCAUCUCCGCUAA